AUGAAGGUGGCGACGAAAGUCGCAAAAGUGACGCUUGAGCGUCUAGACGCGGAAAAGGUCUCCGCAACAGACUCGGACGGGAGUGUUACCUCUGUCCGGUCCAUGCGCUCAGCCCGGUCAAUGCGCUCAAAUCGGUCUCGAUCACGCUCACGCUCCCCAGCGAGUGAGAGCAGCUUCUGGAGCAAGAGACGGCGCCUUUCGAAUGAAAGGUCGCGAUCUAGGUCGCCGAAUGUUGACGAUGGUCCUAGUACAUCAGCAAGCGCGGGCAAUAAGGCGAAACGCGAAAAACUUCGCCUUCGCGACGAAGAAGAGGCGGAGGACUUGUGUCUGUCUUAUAAAACCCGCCAAUUAAGACCACCAAAAACCAUUGACAUGGUGGCCCAAAAGUCCAGUCAUCUUAAGGGUACCUUUCAAAAAGCUCUAAAGGAAUCAGCCAAGGAAAUGAAGAAGGUCUUUGAGGAGCUUAGGACACACACGGUAUCCGACGAAACCCGACAACUAGUGGCACAGAACAAGCGCCUUAAAGCGGAACUAGCAGAUGUCCGUUCUGAGCUCCGAAAAAUUCGCGAGGACAUGCAACGCUUCGAAAUGUCACAUCGGAGUUCGCUUCCCCUAGAGGAAAUGAACGUGGUUCAAUCUGCGCCGUCGGGAUCUCAUCCACCGGCGCCAUCCAAAAAGAAGGCUAAGUCUAACGAACCUGCGGCCCUGGACAUAGAGAGCAUUGUCCGGGCUGUUACAACUCAAGUAGGUAGCAUGAUUAAUGCUAGAUUUGAUGGUUUGGAGAAAGAAGGCAGACUAUUGCCAGCCCAAAGUCUCCGUCCACCUCUGGCAAGUGACAAGAGGAAAGAGUCGAUUUCUAACGUCAGCGUCGUCCAAAAGCCCGCGAUGCCAGUGGCCCCUGUCGCUGGCAAGAAGGGUCCACCAAAUUAUACUGAAGAGCCGCAAAAGAUCAGCGGCAAAGGCAAGGGCAAAGGCAAGAAAAGCAUUGCCCCACAGCCCAUUGUCAGCCAGAGUACGGCAACCCUUCGGUCCCAUCCAGCGUCUCCAGGUCCCUCAACAGAGGAAGGAUGGCAAAAGGUGGGCCCCAAGGGCAAAAAGAAAAAGAAGGCGGCCAAUGCUGUUUCCAAAACACAACCGAAAGAGAAACAGCAACCAAAGAAGGUACGCAAACUAGUGCCCCCGCGUUCGUCAGCGGUGGUUCUGACACUGCUCCCAGAGGCAGUUGAAAGGGGGGUGACGUAUGCGAAUGUACUUACGGAGGCCAAGAGUAGGGUUGACUUGGCUGGACUCGGCAUUUCUGCAUUGCGAAUCAAACGCGCGAUCACUGGGGGCACCGUUCUAGAGGUCCCAGGAACUACCAGUGGUGAUAAGGCCGACCAACUGGCCAGAGCGCUUGCGGAAAAGCUGGGUCCAGAAGCUGUUCGUGUAUCAAGACCUGUCAAAUGCGCAGAGCUCAGGUUGACAGAGUUGGACGACUCAAUAACGCCCGAGGUGGUAGUAGCUGCGAUCGCCAGCGCCGGCGAGUGCUCAACAGACCUGGUAAAGACUGGUGAGGUUCGUCGCGGUAUUAGAAGACUCGGCACUCUGUGGGUGCGCUGCCCUGUUACCGCAGCCAAGAAAGUCACACAGGCUGGUCGCCUUGAACUCGGCUGGGGCCUCUCGGCUAAAGUUAGCCUUCUUGAAGAAAGACCCAUGAGGUGCUUUCGCUGCCUGCAGAUGGGGCAUGCUGGGGUUCAAUGCACAGCGACUGAAGACUACAGUAACCGCUGCUAUAAUUGCGGUCAACCAGGACAUAAGAGGUCAGCGUGCUCUGGAUCAACUCAAUGUAUCCUGUGUCAUGCUGCAGGCAAACCUGCGGACCAUAAAAUCGGGUCCAAAGCUUGCACCAACCCUAGCCCAAAGAAUACAAAACGCGCUGGCGAUGGCCCCCGGGCCCCCUCCCAGGCUGUUAUCCCUUCCACCGGUGCGGUGGAAGAAGAUGAGAUGGACAUUGUAACGACCGACAAUUAA